AUGGCAACGAAAGACAAACUUCAACUAAUUCGUCUUACCCUCAUAAUACAUGAUGUUGAUACAUCAAUUACACAAGCAGAUAUUGAAGAAGCUAUUCAACACAUUAUGGGUAUAGUUUCAUUUGAGUUCCAUGAGGGUAAACCUUAUAAUAACGAUGGCACACUAGUAAGAAAAGUUUAUUUAAAUUUCGAAAAUGAACGAAAAUUGAAUGAAUUAAUGAAGAUUGGUUCAAUAAAAGUUUAUAAUAAAUCCUUUCGUAUAUCACGAUAUAAUCCUAGAGAUAUUCCACUGUCAGGAAACAUGACUCAGUUUUUGUUAAUCAAAAUAUCUGAAAAAAAUAAUCAAAAGAAAACCUUAAAAGAUCUUACUGAAUCUAAUAUUAAUGAAUAUUUUGGAAGAUUCGGUAAAAUUAUUAAUUUUCAAUGGAAUGAUGAACAUGAAGCAAUUCUUAAAUUUCAACAUUAUGAUAUUGUUGAUCAAAUCAUUCUAACUAACCUUUCACAUGAAAUCAAUGGAAUUAUAAUUGACGUUGUAAAAACUCGAAACAUUCAAACAAGUAAUAUUAUUCGUAGUACUGGAAUUCCAUUUUGUAUUCAUGUAACUAAUAUACCUCCUGAUGUAACAGGUGAAGAGUUGUCGCAAAUAUUUAAUAAACCUGUUGCCAAUAUUGUUAUUAAACCAGGAUUUCGACGUUAUGAAUCUUUAGCAUCAGACAAAUCAGUAGAUAGUGAAGCUUGGAUUAAUAAUAUUGGUGAUGAGAGACAAGCACGAAAUUUAGCUAAUAAAAAUUCAAAUAAAACAUUACACGGAUUUCAAAUAAAGUGUGAUGUUACUUCUGAACCAAUUUAUCCGUUUGAAUUAUGUAGAAAUUAUAGAACCGGCUUAUGUAAUUAUGAAAUUAAAUGUUUUUUUAAACAUAUUAUGUGCAAUCAACCGGAGAAUUGUCCUGAUGAACAAUGUCCUUAUGGGCAUAGUCGAAAACGACAAGUAACAUCAAAUAUUGAAGAUGACGAUGAAGAAUGUAAAAGUAAUUUUUAUCGACUAAGAAUAAGUAAUCUUCCAAUAACAGCAAACAAGGAAGGACUAGUGAAAUUAUUAAAAGUAAAAGAUGAACAUAUUUCACGGAUCAUAUUGAAUGAAGGUCAAGAUAAAAAUUCAUCAUCAACUGUUGCAUAUCUUAUUCAUCAACGAUCAGUAAAAUAUCUUCAAAGUCUAAUUUAUCGAUUACAUGAUAAAUAUUAUUCAAAUAGUGUACCAAAUAAAAUGAAAUGUCAAGUAGAGAUGAAUGUAGAUCUUUUAAAGAGGGGUGAUAAAUGUGAUUCCGAUGAAUGUUUUUCAACAACUGAUUAUAAUCAAUCGAAAAAAUCAAAAUCUCCACGACGUUAUGAACUAGAUAUGGAAGAACUAAAUCAUAACUCUUCAGAAGAAGACUCUCAUAUGAAAGAAUCAAAUGAAAUGCAUUCAAAAAGUAAGAUAAAACUUAUAUCCUGAAAUGAAGGCUACGAGCAUUAGAAAACAUCUCAUCUAAUCAAAUAAUAUUAGUCAACUGUGUGUCUUAAAAACAUCAGUGUCAGAACUCCUACCACAGAAGAGAGAUGCUACAGCAUGUGACCACUAGAGAGGCACAUCUAGACUCAUCACAAGCCCAUCUUACACUUCCAACACAGUCGCAUAAAACGAUCUUUCUUCAAUAAAAUGAAUUUCCUUUAAGGGGAAACAACACUAGAGAAACUUCACUAAUUAAUACAUACUAAGGUUACGUAUAAAUGUAUACAUCCCUAUUCAGGAAAGAGAACUUAAGAGAACUUAGAAAUUUUGCACUCAUGGAAGGUAUGACCCAUGCAAAAAAAGCAAGGAAAAUAAUCCGAUUAAAAUCGAUUAUAAUUGGUGUACGAGUUAGUUUCUCGAUGACAUCUAUUACAAAUAAUUACACUUGAUUUUAUCCAUUUUUUUAUCAAUAUUUUGCGUGCAACUAAUCCUUGUUGAACGAGGUUGGAAAUGUUCGCGCUCUGUUGUAGAUAUUACCUGAAGUGUUAUUCGUCAUUCUUGAAAAAUUUACUACAGUUGUUUUUGGCCAUAAACAGUUGUAUUUCUUUUCUUUAGGAAAAAAGACUGAGGAAAUAUCACCUUUCGAAUAAAUAUGCACAAAAGAUUACGAAACAAUAGUUUAAGAUCAAAAGCAAUCGUCAAAAUCGUCUAUUCAAGUCAACUUUUUUUGAAAACUAACGAAAUAUGGGUAUAGGUGCUGAAGUUGAAGUCAAAAAGAUCCGGACUGCGCAACAACAUCACAUUCACAUCCUACCGUCUUUUGAUCUGUUAUAUUGCUGAACACGUAUUUUCCCUGUUUCAUACAAGAAGUUUUCUUAUUUGGGUUCGAAAAUAAAUAAAAUUUUAAAAAUUUUAUCAGCAU